AUGAAUUAAGGAAAAUGUGAGAAGUGUUCUGAUUUUUGUGAUAAAUGCUCAAGUUCUACAAAUUGUUAAAAUUGCUAGCAAGGCUAUUUUUUAUCUCAAGAUGGAACUUGUAAUUUGUGUGAUACUGAAAAAGGACACUUUAUAAAAGAGGAUAAAUGCUUGAAAUGUAAGGCUGGAUGCAAUUUAUGUGUUGACGAAAACACAUGCGCUGAUGACAUAAAAUGUGAUGAAAGAUAAAGAUAAAUAUUUGAUAAAACUUUAAAAAAAUGUGUUUAGUGCUUAUGGGAUAAAUAGAAGAAUAAAUGCAUUGAGAAAUGUACAGAAAAUCAGCUAUAUUUAAAAGAUUAAAUGACAUGUAGUUAGUGCUUUUACUAUAAAAAUGAAUGUCUUUUGAAAUGUCCAUCUAAACAUUUCGCUAAUUAAUAAAACUAAUGUGUUCCUUGUCAUUCAACUUGUGCUGAAUGUAAAGGGCCUAAUUCUAAUCAAUGCUCUUAAUGCUAAAGCCCUAAUUUGUUAUAAGAUGAUAAAACUUGUUCUAGGUGUGAAUCAAGAAGCUAUUUUGAUACAUAAAAAAAUACAUGUGUGAAAUGUCAUUACAAAUGUUAAAGUUGUAAUGGCCCAAAUAUAUAGGAUUGCUUGACUUGCUCAGAAUCGCUUAUCUACUCAGAAAAAACAAACUAAUGCGAAAACUUAGAAGAAACCCAAAAAUUAUUAGAAGAAAAAUAAAAGUUUUAACAUUCUGAAUGUGAAGAUUCUGGGCUUGAUUGUGAUAGUAUUUUUGAGUCUAUUUAAAAGGAAAAAUCAGGAGCUAUCUACAAAAAAAUAAAUGAUGUAUACAGAUUUUCGUUUUUUAAUGAACAAGGAGAUAUUACUGCUACAUAUUUACUUCCUUCUACAUUUUAAACCCUUAAUAAAUUUAGUUAAUAUUUUAUUGAGAACAACGUUUUAUACAUUUUCACAUAAGGAUAGAGUGUUUAUCAAACUUUAGACUUCACAAUACUAGAAAGUGGAAAUUAAAAUUACUAUCAAUAAAUUUCAUAUCCUAAAAAUAUGAAAUACUCCUGUUAAAUAUCAAAUAUGUAAGUAUACAAAUAAGAUUAAUUUUAUUAUACAUGCGAAAGUGGAUUCGGCUUUGUAGUUUAUAAUUCAUCCUUCUAAAACUUGUUUAAAGCAGGUUAGUAUUACAGUAUUUCGAGUUUACUUACUGAGAAAAAUUUUUUUGCAUUUGAUAAUAAUUUAUGCUAUAAUAACUAAUAAUCUAAAAUAGAUUUCGGUACAAAGUAAAUGGUCAACGUUGAUCUCUAAAAUAGCAUAUUCAUCGUCAAUUAUAAGUUAGUUAAUUUCUAAUCUUCUGGUGGUAAAACUUCUAUAAAAUAUUCUGUUGAUUUGGGAUACAAUUCAGAAGAAGCAUUUAUGUCAAAUGUUAUUACUUUUGGAAAUAUCAAAGUAAUAUUUAGCUAUGAUUACAAUUAAUCAAAGGUGAGAUAUUUUAAUGCAUAAAAUUUUUCUGAGUUUAAGGUAGUGAAAGGGGAUUAGAUUAAAAUCUAAGAUUAUCUAAGUAUAAUUCAAUACUAAAAUAUAGUCUUUAUAGGAUAAAAUUAGUACAUUAUAACUUUAAUAAAUUAGACUUAAAUAAAUGUUAAAAAAGUUAAUUUUUAAUAUCCUAAAUCUUAUCAACUAAACUAUGCUAAUUUCGAGAGAUUCAACUUUAAAAAAUAUCAAACAUUCGAGGUCAAAUAAGGAAGCAACUAGUAUAUUACAAAACUUAAUUAUAUGUAUUAGUUUUGUUUAGAGGGUUGCUAGACUUGUCUUAACUCUAGCUAAUGCAGUGUUUGUAUGGAACCUUACUAUUUAGACUAUUCUUUAAAAUGCGUUUUAACUUGCCCAGAUACAUAUGCCCCUGAUAAAACUUCUGGAAAGUGUAUCUGUAUUGGAGGUUAAAUUGAAACUGCUUAGAAUAAAUGUCAAUGCUAAGAUGGAUACUCGUUUUUAAACAGUAUCUGCGUAAAGUGUCCUGAUAACUGUUAAGUUUGCUCAUCCUCUACAGUUUGUACAGUAUGCGCAAAUCCUUAUCUUUUAGUUUUUAACAAAUAGUGUGCUGAUUCUUGUCCCGAUACAUAUGAAAAAGAUUAAAAUAAUUCCACUUGUGUUUGCGGUUCUAAUAAAACUGAAACAAACAAUACUUGCAUAUGUAAUCAGGGCUACAUCUUAGAAGGAAAUGUUUGCAAUCCAUGUCCUUAAAAUUGUUAAAUUUGUUCUUCAACUACUUAAUGCACUACUUGUGUUAAAGAUUACUAUCUAGAUUACAAAUUCCAAUGUGGUAGUGAAUGUCCACCUACUUAUCAAAAGAAUAGUAAUAUGAUUUGCUCUUGCUUAGGAGGUUCAAAAGAAAACUCACAAAACUAAUGCAUUUGUGAUAGUGGUUAAGUAUUAGAAAAUGGUACAUGUGUGAGCUGUUCUUCAAAUUGUCUUAUGUGCUCUAGCUCCACUACUUGCACAUAAUGCUCAAAUAAUACUUACUUGAGUUUUGAUAAUACUUGUAUAAAUAAUUGUUAAGAUACUUUUCUUGCUGAUGAUACUAAUAGGAAGUGCUAUUGCCCAGAGAAUGAAUCUGUUAAUAAUGAUGGUAAAUGUGAUUGUAGUUUAGGAUUUUACAGAGUUAAUGAUAAAUGCUCUCCAUGCCCUUAAAAUUGUGGUUCUUGUGAUUCUAACGGAUGUUAAAAAUGUAAGCAAGGAUUUUAUUUUGAUUAUAAUAAAGAUUGUGUUUCAAAUUGUCCUGAAACAUAUCACGUUGAUUAAGAUCAAUAAAAUUGUGUUUGUGGCACAGACUAACAAGAAAUAGACCAUAAAUGCAGUUGUCCAGAUAAGUAAGUCUUUGAAAAUGGAAAAUGUGUGAACUGCAAUUCAAACUGUUAAUAAUGCUCAUCUUCAACAACAUGUUAAAAAUGUGAUCCAAGUUAUGUGUUAGCUUAUAAUUAGAUUUGUUUAACCGAAUGUCCUCAAACUUACGAAAAAAAUAGUGAUUCCACUUGUAUUUGUGGCUAGAAUAAAUAAGAAAUAAAUUAAAAGUGCAGUUGUAUAAAAGGUUUUUUUGAAAGAGAUAAUAACUGCUUAGCUUGUAUUAGUUCUUGUGAUGUUUGUUCAAAUGAAAAUGAUUGUUAAAAAUGCUCAAUUAAUUCAUAUUUGAAUUAUAUGAACAAGUGUGAAAGUGAUUGUCCUGCAACAUUUAUUAAAGAUGAUUUAAAUUUAAUAUGUGUUUGUCCAACUAAUUUUCGUUUACAAGAUGAUAAAUGUGUUUGUGAUACAGGUUAUUCUUAUGUUAGUGGAAAUUGCAUUAAAUGCCCUUAGAAUUGUGAUUCUUGUUCCUCUGAGAAUACUUGUAUUAAAUGCACACCUAAUUACUUUUUAGACUUUAAUAAUACCUGUAAUACAGAUUGUCCAACAACUUAUAUUAAAAAUUCAAAUACAUUUUAAUGUUAAUGUGGUUAAGGCUAAACAGAAAACACUGAUAAACACAUAUGUGAAUGCAACAAAGGAUUCUUUCCCAACGAAUAAGGAUAAUGCUAGUAGUGUAUUUAAAACUGUUAAGUAUGUUAAAAUGGAACUGAAUGCUUAAAAUGUGAGGAUAAAUUUUUUUUGGAUACAAAAAAUAAUUGUGUUUCAAAGUGUCCUCAAACAUUUUAAGAAGAUUUGUAGAAUAUGAUUUGCGUUUGUCCAAAUAAUUCAACUUUGAACAGUGAUAUUUGCACAUGUGAAUAAGAUUUUGAGAUGCAAUUAGACAAUACUUGCAAGCUAAAAUGUUCGUCUUUUUGUGAAAGCUGUUCUGUUGCUGGAGAAUGUGAUGUGUGUUAAGGAGGAUACUAUAUGAAUUUUGAUUUUACUUGCAUUAAUAAAUGCCCUGAAACAUAUAUUGAAAAUUAAUAAACAAGAACUUGCGAUUGUGAUCAGUUAGCAGAAUUGAUAAAUGUCUCCGAAUACGAAAAGAAAUGUGUCUGCCCAGCAAAUCAGCUUUAUCAGGAAGGAAACAAGUGUUUAAGUUGUAUUUCUAACUGCUAAAAAUGCUCAAACGGAAAUACUUGUGAUAAAUGUAUAGAAGGUUUUUACUUGCAUAAUGAUGGAAAGUGUGGAAAUUGUGACACUAAAAAUGGAUAUUUUAUAAAAGAUGAAUAAAAAUGUGGAAAAUGCAAAUAUUAAUGUCCUGAGUGCUCUGAUGAAGUAACUUGUAAUGUAGACCUUAUUUGUAACUUCGAUGAGAAGUACGAUCCAAUUAAAAAAGAGUGUAUUAAAUGUAUUUAUGACUUAGAUAACAAAAAAUGUGUGGAUAAAUGUACAGAUCAGCAGUUUUAUUAACCUGAUUAAAUGAGAUGCAGUUAGUGCUUUUACCUUAAUGAUUAAUGUGUCAUAAGCUGCCCAGUUAGAUAUUUUGUUGGUGAUAAGAACAUUUGUAUAAAAUGUCAUGAUUCUUGCUUGAAAUGCAAAGGAAAGCAAGAAAAUGAGUGUACUGAAUGUGAGAAUCCUCUUUAAUUGUAAAAGAAUAAUUAAUGUUUAAGAUGCCCUGAAAAAGAAUUCUUAAAUCUAUAAAAUAAUAAAUGUGAAAAGUGUGAUUAGAGUUGUAAAUUUUGUACAGGUAAAACAAUAAAUGAUUGUUCAUUAUGCGAGGAUAAUCUGAAACCAUCCCUUUUGUAUAAAGGGAGAUGCAUAGAUGAUAUUUAAAUUGAAGAUGAAAUAGACUACAAAAAAAAAACAAUUUAUUCUGAAUGUUAAGGAAAUGAAGAUGAAUGUAAAUAGUAAUAUGAGACAUCAAAAAUGUUAUCAACUAUUGCUUUUUUUUUAAAUUUAGGAAGCUUGUUACUCUUGGGAGCUUGCUUGAUAUUUUGUCCUGUUAUCAACUCUAUUUGUUGGUAUUAUAUUUAGAUUUAAUAGAUUCUAGGGAAUCAUGUGUAUUUUGAAAAGGCAAAUAUUUACUACAUGAAUGUAGGAUUCUUAAGAAACCAUCAAAUUUAUAACGUUUUUAACCUAAUUAGCUUUAACUCUUUGCAAAAAGAUUAGGAUUUGCUGCUAGAAAUAAAUAAAUUUAGCUUUUUAUUUAAACUAUAGAAUUUAUAUAAUCAUUUUCUUUAGAAUUUCUUCUACUAGCUGGUUAGCUUCUCUUUACUUCUCUGCCUAAUAUUGAUAUUUUUUUUGUUAAGAAAUAAAUAUACUUUAGCUUACAAAGUUAAUAACUACAUAAAUUUGAAUAUGCUCAUUAGAUAUUUUAUGAUUGCUGUUAACUGUUUUGUUGUUUACACGCUUUUUGUUAUUAAGAACGGUGUUGCUUUGGAAUAGGGAAAUAUAGCUAUAAUAUCUAUUGUAUUUCUUAUUUACAUAUUAUUAUAAAUAUUCUCUAUUUUUAUCCUUAAAUCCAGAAGUAUUUUCCCAAUAGCUAGCACUGUAAGAGUAUUGUAAUAUGGGAUAGAUUAGAAUAAAACUAAUUAAUUUUUAUUUUGGUAAAUCUUUGAGGUUAGAAAAAUUGUUUGCAUUUUAAUCUAAAUACUUUACAUAAACGGAAAAGGAAACGGUUUCAUAAUUCUUUCUAUUUUUGCAGUGUUUACUAUCUACCUUGUUGUUAGCACCCCUUUUAAAUACAGAAUUUGUCAAGUUUCAGCUAUUUUUACUGAAUUUACAGUUAUGCUUCUAUUAAUUUUAUUUGAGUUGAUGACCAACCGAUAAUAGUACAGCAUAGACACUUCGACAGCAUAAUCCAUUGCUAUUAGUUAUAUAGCGCUAUCGUUGAUACUUAGCUUUUACUAUAUAGGACUUGCUAUUCAUUAUAUUAUCAAAUAUUUGAAAGAAUUAAGAUAAAAAUCAAAAUAAAAUUUAGGAACUAAUUUACAAGAUUAAAGUUAAUCAUAAGCUCAAAUUAGUAGCAUAGAAAUGAAUAACAUAUAAAAAUCACUUAUUAAAGUAAGUUGGAAAUAAAUGGAACAUUAAACAUAGUAAAAAAAUUUAUGA